GGCCCGCGAAUAUAUAUCGUAAUAUGUUCAACGAAUUCGGACGAAGUGUGCUUUUCAAAAAUAUCUUAUAAAACUGGUAGGGGUUAUCCUGGACGUCGGUGUGUUAGAAGGCGUCGUUGCAGUUUGUGCCGAACACCAUUAGUCAACGAACACGACGCAUAUUGCGCCGAAGUUAGGAGUCAAACCAUUUGUAGUCAUUUGCAGAGGAGAACAGCGAAAAAAAAGGCAUCAACAUGUUCCGGAAUCACUUCGAUAUGAUCGGUAGGAAUGAGACACCAUCGAAGAAGGCUAAAUUUUGGCAAUCCUUUGUCCGCUCCCUCAAGGGAUCCGAUGACAUAAGGGCUACAGACCCAAUCCACUCCCGUCCACGUGGAAUCUUCAGACCAAUCAGCGAAAUCCCAGAAUGGCCGUUCUCGAAGUCCAUCUACGAUGAUCCCGUGGCUGCUGGUGACCGUAUCAACGUUCCCGGCUACAGAUACGACCCUCUGCACAGAGACACUUAUGGUUACUCCCCCCGUAAAAUUUUCCCACACAACUACGGUUCACUAGACAGAUACCGGCCUGUGUUCCAUAUAACGAAACCAAAACCCUUCGACGCCGAUAGAGCCUGGUCAGAUCACUUGGACCGCGUUGGUAAACGUGAUCCAACCCAGUGGCCUACAAUCUUCCACACCACCUAUCCCUUCAGUCGUUAUCCACUCUACCUCGUCUACAGCAAGAGGCCACCCCCAGCUGCUGACAAAUACGACCCUCACAGGGCUUGGCUCGACCAUUUGGACAGACUUGCUGAGCUCGACAAACUGUACCCAUCGUUGUGGCCUGCAUUCGGAAGCUCAAGACUUUCUCCAACUCCAAUCAAGGCUGGUCCCUGGGCCCCACGUCCCUCAGAAGUUGGCUUCAACUACGCAGGUCAACCAAUUUACAACUUGGCAGGGUUACCGAGAGCAAGUAAGAGACUGUUCAAUGAUCUUUUGAAUCCCUCCCCCUCCCUCCCAAUUUCUGCCGUGACCCGUGACCCCUUCUGGUGGGACUCCCCCUUGUUGAGACCACUAUCACUCUUCAACCCUUGGGGGAAGUCACCCUUCUACCUACGUGACUCGUACCUCUCUCCCGUCAAGAGGACGUACCUGUGGGAUAAACACCCAAUCAGGCCGUUCGCUGCUGUUUACUGAGGAAGAGGAGAGAUGAAGUCUAUGAACCAACAGACUGACAUAAAUAAGCUUCGAAAACCAUAAUGAUCUAUUUCAGCAAAACGUGUUCAUUUUCGAUCAAUCUAUAUCUCUUAUUAUUGAAUAAGUGCCUUAAAUUAUACAACUAAUAUUAAUUGAGUGGAUAAAAAGAAGGUCAGAUUCAUUCAUUUUAUUUUUUAUAUUUGAUCUUGCAUCUUAUUUCUGACUCUCAUAAAAAUAGAAGAAGAAAACGUGUCUCGCAUUCCAUCUGAGUCAUCCGAGGUAAGAUACAAGAGUCAAAAUUUUUGUUCGUUCACAAAUGUGGUCAAUUAAUAAAUAAAUAUGUUAUGUAUUCA